AAUUCCAAUCAAAACCUUCUUCUUUGUCAUUUUUUCUCCUCCUGUCCAGAGAAUCUUUACCCUUUCUCGGUUUCUUGUUCUGUCCCUUGUCUUAUCAUGGACCUUGUCAUUGCUCACUCUAUCUUGCUAAAUUUAUAGGGCCAAAGUCCCUUUUAUCAUUAUCAAGAUUGAUUGUAGCAUAGAGGAACCACAAAAACAAAGAGCAUUAUGGCCAAGUUGUGGUGCCUUCUGACCAUAAUCACAUUGCUUCAAGUUUCAAAAGUUGUCAUCUCAAGACGUGAAGUCACCACACCUCCAUUACCAAUCCUACCAUUACCAUCAUCUUCUCAAUUGAAAUGGCAGGAAAGGGAACUCAUAAUGUUUCUUCACUUUGGUGUCAAUACAUUCACUGAUUCUGAAUGGGGCACUGGUCAUGAAAACCCUGCUAUUUUCAAUCCAGUUGGGCUUAAUGCUAGCCAGUGGGUCAAUGUUGCAGCAGAAGCUGGGUUUUCUCUCAUGAUACUGACUGCAAAACAUCAUGAUGGUUUUUGCUUAUGGCCUAGUAAGUACACUGACCAUUCUGUGGCAAGCAGUCCAUGGAAAAACGGGCGUGGAGAUGUUGUUCAAGAACUUGUCAUCGCUGCCAGGGCUCACGAAGGGAUUGAUGUGGGGCUGUAUCUUUCUCCAUGGGAUAGGCAUGAUAAAAGAUACGGUCAUGAUUUGCAGUACAAUGAAUACUACUUGGCUCAAUUGCAAGAACUUCUUAACAAGUAUGGGAGUGUUAGGGAGAUAUGGUUUGAUGGUGCAAAAGGUUCAAAUGUACCAAACAUGUCAUACUAUUUCUCGGAUUGGUUUUCAAUGGUGAAAGAGUUGCAAACUUCCAUCAACAUAUUUUCUGAUGCCGGCCCGGAUGUCAGAUGGGUUGGAAAUGAAAUGGGAUUUGCAGGAAGUACAUGUUGGUCCACCAUUAACAGGACCUCACUUUCAAUCGGAAAUGGAAGCAUCGUCGACUAUCUCAACACUGGUGAUUCGAAAGGGACAGAUUGGCUGCCGGCAGAAUGUGAUGUUUCGAUCCGAAAAGGAUGGUUUUGGCAUAAAUCAGAAUCACCAAAGAGGUUAAGCGAGUUACUUGACAUCUAUUACAAGUCGGUAGGACGAAAUUGUGUGCUAUUAUUCAAUGUGCCUCCCAACACAACCGGCCUUAUAUCUGAGAAUGAUGUCCAGAGACUAAAAGAAUUCCGAGGUGCAAUCGACACCAUAUUUUCUACAAAUUUGGCUGAGAGUUGCUUUGUAAGAGCUAGCAGCCAAAGAGGGGGGAAGGAUGGCGAUUUCGGACCCGAAAACGUGCUAGAUGGCGACCAUUUGUGGACUUAUUGGGCACCAAAAGACGAAGAGUCGGAAGAUAACUGGAUCGAGUUCAAAUGUAUUGAUAAAUUGAGAUUUAAUGUUAUUAGGAUUCAAGAAGCAAUUGGUCUUGGUCAAAGGAUCAAACAACAUGAAGUUUAUGUAGAUGGUAGGAAGGUUGCUAAAGGGACUACAGUGGGGCACAAGAGGCUACAUAGACUUGAAAAGGGAGUCGUCAAGGGUCAUAUUGUGAGCAUUAAGAUUCUCAAAUCAAGAGCAGUGCCAUUGAUGUCUUCCAUUGGUUUGCAUUAUGACCCUUUUUGGCACCCAAAUGAGACAUGAUUAGAGACAGGAAGGUGUGGACGAAGGCUAGAAAAUCACAUGGAAGAAUGCUGGAGGUCUAAAGAAGGAAUAAAGGUAAAUGGAAUUUCCACCUUAUAUUUUUCACUUUGUACGAAAAAGUGUCCUUGCUGUCUCCUCAUUUUAUUUGGGCGGUGUGAUUGAAAAAUUCGCACCAAUAGUUUAUAGAUAUAAAGAUCCCAAACCCCAAUUAAACAGUCAA